AUUCGAGAUGAGCAAAAGGGCUUCCGAGGGUCAUGGCUCAGUGGCACCAUGAGUGCUGAGUAUAAGAAGAGCUUGGAGAUGCUUAGGAAAAGGGCAUCGGCAUCGCACCGUCGACUUCGAUCUUUCUUCUCUCUUGCUUCAAUUCGUCACUCGUUGUGCUGAGCACUUGCAUUCUUUCAACUCUUGCACUUACCCAUUCAUCCUCUUCGUCCUGCUCAUUCACGCUUCCAAGAUGAAGUACACCACCGCCUGCAUCAUCGCCCUCGCCGGCCUUACUACCGCCAUCCCCAUGCCCCAGUUUUCCCUUCCCUCCUUCGGCCUUCCUUCCUUCCCUCUGCCAACCGGCGGGUUCAGUAUCCCCGGCUUCAGCGGCAUUCCCAGCCUUCCCAGUGCCACCGGCGGCAUCAGUCUCCCUAGCGGCGGCAUCAGCCUGCCGAGCACAGGCGGGGCCGCAGUGACUAGCGUCGCUGCUCAACCCACCUCCACCGGUUCCACUGGAGGAGGUACUGUUGGCGCGGACUGCACACCGCAAAGCAGCAACGGAGGGAGCACGGAGAACGGCGUUGCGGACAAGAACUGCUGCACUGACGUUACUGUUGUCUUCGCACGGGGGACAGGCGAGCUGGGCAACGUGGGCACGAUUGCCGGGCCACCCAUGUUCGAGAGUUUGAGGAGCAAGCUGGGCACUGAUCGGGUGACUGUGCAGGGUGUCGAUUAUCCGGCUUCGGCUGCUGGAAACGCCAACCUCGGCCGCGACGGCGGGCCCGCCAUGGCGUCCUCCGUCCAAGCCGCCCUGUCCCAAUGCCCCGAUACUAAGGUCAUCGUGUCUGGCUACUCGCAAGGCGCCAUGGUCGUGCACAACGCGUUUUCGCAGGGCAUCUCGGGCUCGCAGGUCGCUGGCGCGGUUCUCUUCGGCGACCCGCUGAAGACGCAGGCUGUUGGCGACCUGGGAACGGAUAAGGUGAAGGAGUUCUGCGGUACGGCUGAUUCUAUUUGCGGGACCGGGGAUAAUCCGACUGGCGGGCAUUUGAGCUAUGGGAGUGUGGCGGAUGAGGCGGCGGAUUGGGUUAUUGCUACGGCGGGGUUGGCUUGAGCGGUGAGCAGGGGAAGAGGGGGUGGGUGAUGGGAGAGGCCGACUGGAUCGGGAAUUUUACUUCGAGAUACAUACGAUCACGUGCAACCAGCCUUGCUGCCAAAACCCUACACGAUCUAGAGGGCCCUCAACAACCAAAGCUUGCUGACGCUGGCGAGAGUGUCUGGAUGCUCAGGCCCCAGCACGUCCUUUCUUCCUUUUCUUGUUCGUCGAAACAGUCUCUCAGCAUUGACAUACAAACCUUGAU